CUGCGGUGUCCUGUCGGACUCGGAGGACAGUCGGAGGAGUUCAGUCAACACUCCCGGGACUCUCUCUCUGCCAUUUUGAACAUAACCGACCAGCCAACAUCAGCGUCCAUCAAAAUUAAGCGAUGACCUCAAAGAGUAAGCGAUCUUCGUGAACUUAUAAGAAUUCCUCUCUGUAGGACAGGUCUCUAAGCAAAGCAGGAGCUUUUGCUCUGAAGUGCUAUCAGCCAUGUGUUCCACCAAUCACUCCAACUGGGUAACAUUUGACGAUGACAACACACCGCUGUCCUCCCCACAAAAACCACUACAGUCACCAGAGUGUAUUAAAGUGGCACUUCCACGCCCCAAUGGACUUAAAUUAGUGUUUCCUCCUAUUAGAGACACUUCCUGGAGCUUCAACAGUUCCCUGGAAUCUCCUCAAAGCCAGUCAAGUGCCAGUGGACGUUCCUCUCUUUCGAGUAACACACCCCUUUGCACACCUAGGAGUGGCAUUCCAAGUGUCUCGUCUCCAUUUCGCUCCAACUCCAGGGAGGAAAGUAACUUCUUCAACAACUUCAACAACACACCGGGAGCCUCUGUUCCCUCUUUUGCACCGGAAACCCCAAAUCUAUGCACUGACGGACCAACACCCUUUCCUACUUUCCAGGGGAACUCUGGACACUUAAACCCUUUCUGGGACAGCUCCGGACACAGCGUUGAUGCGGAGAGCUCCUCCUCAGACUCUGAAUGUGACAAUAGUUUACCACGUUUCUUUAUACGGACCAAAGAUGGCAGUGAACCUCCACGUGAUCACCUCCAAAACACUUUGUCUUUAGUUUGCAACAAAAUUGAAGGGCUGCGAGCAGAUUUGGACAAUAAUGGUGGGACAGAUACACAGAAGAGCGACGACAGGCGGCUCAGUUCGAAAUGUGAGGUGAUAAGCGAUGGUCCCCCUGAGUUUGUCCCCCGUGGUUUGUUUCGUAGCCACAGGAGAGACGGAUGGCCUGUAAUGCUCAGGAUUCCAGAAAAAAAGAACCGCAUGUCUUCAAGGCAAUGGGGCCCAAUCUAUCUUCGCUUGUUACCAGGGGGUGUGUUGCAGAUGUACUAUGAGAAAGGUCUCGAGAAGCCCUUCAAAGAGUUUCAACUACUGCCUCAUUGCCGGCUCUCGGACCUCAAGAUAGAAAGCUACAGUGAGCCCCGCAAAGUCCUCACAGUGAAAGUUGAACAUUUCACCUACAUUGAAAAGAAACGCUACCACCCCAAGCUGGAGGUGAAUCAUGAAGCAGAAGUGGAGCAACUGCUCAAGUUUGGCUCAACUGUACAUAAAGACAUGGAAGACCUUGUGGUCUCCAUGGAGGAGGAGAUCUUUAAGCUGCCUUUGCUACACCAACCUAGGCGGAAUUACGAGGAGCAAGAGCUGUCACUGCAGAUCACUGACCACAUGUGGGUGCAACAAGAUAAGUUUGGAGGAGUUAUGGAACGCACUGCCUUUACACAGAUUCACUGUCUUGCUUUCCUGAAUGGAGUUGGCGAUUGCUUUCUUGCACUAAACGAUCUCAACCUCUUGCGUUCAAAUGCAAGUUAUGGAUCAGAAGAUGGCACUGAGAUCUGGAUGGAGAUCACAGACUCCCGCUUUCACAAGUGUGUGAAUGAAACAGAGUUUAGCACCUCCAGACUGAUAAAAUUCUGCCCACCUGAUGCAUGUAGGGUGGAGCUGAUGCGGUACAAGACAAUGUUUUUGGGUUGCACAGAAGUUCCUUUUUCUAUAAAAGCUGUGGUGACAGUUCAAGGUGCCUAUGUGGAGCUACAGGUCUUUCUUAAUAUGUCAGGGACAUUUAUCUCCACAAUGGGGGUAUCGGACACAUAUCCGCUGUGUGAGAAUGUAGAAGUGCGAGUGCCGGUACCGGGUGAAUGGGUGAAAGUGACACAAACAGCGGCCUUACUGCGCCAGCGAUCACUAAAGGCCCGUAUGAACAGAAAUGCCUGCUUGGGGUCCUUCGGCACUUUGCAGUCACAGCCUGUCAUGCAGGUGUCAGUUGGCAGUGUCAAGUAUGAGAACGUCUACUCUGCUGUUGUAUGGAAGAUUGACAGACUCCCGGCAAAGAAUACAGCAGUCAGCCACCCUCAUUCAUUCUCCUGCAAACUAGAGCUUGGAUCUGACCAGGAAAUCCCAAGCGACUGGUAUCCCUUCAUCACCAUGGAAUGUGAGAUUAUGGGCGCCGUCGUGUCACAGUCUACAGUCAAGUCACUGGGAACGGUCAAUGACAUCCAGCCGCAGAAACACGUGACCAGCUGGACACGCUAUCAUUGUCAGGUGGAAGUGGAGAAAAAAAUGAUUGAAACAGAAUCAAAGAAGGAAGGAAGUUGUAUGACACAGUGAUGUACAACUGCAUUCCUUUUAUUGUAUUUUUUGGGGGUGGGGGGUACACACACACAUACAUGAAUUUAAAUGGGCGACAAGGGAUUUCUGUUUAAUAUUUUGUGCCAUAUUCUUCCAAUUUCAUUUUGCUUGCUAGGAUUGUUCUUGAAGAUUUGCCCUUCAACUUAGACUGUGUAUAAACACCCUAACACUUGCACUUUACAUUUAAUUGUUCUAAGUAAAAUAACAAAUGUAUGAGAACUUUAUGUAGACUUGCGUUUGUAUCAUCUACACUGCCCUCUAAAUUAAUUUGCAGCCUUAGUAAACUGGCUGAGAGUAUUAUUAAUGAACAUUUAUCAAUGUUUGGGAUGUAUGGGUUUGCAAUUAUGCCGUAUGUUGCACACUUUAAUUCAUUUCACUGGGGAACACUAUUUGUUGAGUUGGGUCUAACAGCAUAUUUUUAACUCAUUUUUGGGUGCGGAAUCCAAAACUGAUCUCGUUUUUUUCUCCAUUAACUAAUUUUGGAAUCUGCGCUCAAAUUGUAGAUUUAAUCAGAUUUAAUAGAACUCAUCAGAAAUGGGUUUUCAAAUUGUUACCCAAUGUCUGGUUCAUGUUAAUAAUCAUAAGCUCCUUUCAGAUUUAUAUUACGCUACAAUCCCGUGUAUGAAGACGCGGAAUUUACCGGUCUCAUAGCUUUCAGAUAUGGGGAGAUGUACCGGAAAUUACCCGGGCUGGAUGCUUUUAGACUUCUCCCGUGUUGGCGACUCUGUGCUCUCUGUGCGGGGAGGGUGGGGGAUGGAAUUUUAUAACCCGGACAUGACUUCAUUUUUGGUCGGCAUCACCAACAGAAUAAAUCACCCAUUUCCAAAGAUGGACGAUGGGCUGUCUCUUCCUUUGCUCUAAGAUCGAGUAGCAAUUUAAUUUGGUCAUGUUUUCAGGUUAAUUUUGCUAUCUUUCUAGUUUGGCAUGUUGAUUUUGUUUUCCUGCGGAGAAAGAGGAAAUGGGGAUCGGCUCGCCAUGAUAUUUACGUGAUCAGCCUUCGCGCUGUGACCCGGGAAUUAAACGACUGCUUUCACACAUGCCGCGUUCUGGGUAAAUCCCGGACAUUAUACUAAGACGCGACCCUGUUAAUGUCCGUGUCAUCUCCGUGUCAGUCGGCCCUGGAAAUUGCUUUCAGACAUAAGGGCUACCCAUUUAAAUCCCGGAAUUUAACCGGAGUUCAGCGUAUGUCUGAAAUGGGCUUUAAUUAAAGUUUUGAUGCAUGAAGAAGAGUGACUCAAGCCCAACAAUACAACUAGCUGUUGAGUUUUGGCUGAAUUUUUGUCUAGUUUAAUUUAGUGACAAUGACAUCUAACAAGCUGUUGGACAUUUCGUCCAUGCAUCAUAAAAGCUGACAAAUGAUAAUUUAAAUGUGGGAAAAGUAUGUGUACAUCGGGAAAAGAAAAUUUGUGUUUUUAAAUUAUGCGCCAUAGUAUGUCUUUGUAUACAACUGCUGCUGAUUCAUGAAUUCAUGGUCUUAAAUUGUGUAUAUUUUUUUUGGUCUUACCGCAAAUGCAUUUUUUUUUGUAAUGAAUGCUGCAUUUUUCUCUUUUUGAAAACAUCUCAUCCCUUACUGCUGCUUAAAUUCAGGUGGCCAAUUCUGGUUCAAUUCUGGCCGAAUGUAUUUUCAUUAAAUUGAAUCUUUUGCCUAGUAUUCGACUGUUAAGCCUGGUCAUGGACUUAAUUCCUUCAAAAAAGACUGCUAUACGUGUUACCAAAUUUCUGUCUUACCAAAGUAAAAUGAGAAAUAAACAUGUAUGACUUGUGAACCUCAUAAAUUCCAUCAUGGCUCUUUUGUAUCUUUAUAUCAA